AUGGUUCUACUCACUCAUUUUUUGCGUUCGCUGUACGCCGAUGGCGGCGGUGGCUCCCUUGCCCGUCGUGAAUGGGAGUUCCGUGAUACGGUUCCUUUGGAAGGAAGUGACCGAUCGCUCUUUAUUGCUAUGGGCAUCAUUGCCCUCUGCUCAUUAGGGUCUACUCUGGGUCUCUUGUCAUUCCUUACUUAUCGUUUCAUCUUCUGGCAUCGAUACUACAAAAAUUCACUCGCUAAGAAUCAAUAUGUCGUCUUGAUUUACAACCUGUUGCUGGUUGAUAUGCAACAGGCAAUCGCCUUCAUGAUCAGUCUCUACUGGGCAUCUCGGGGUAAUGUGCACUUUGGAGAGGCGGCGUGCUACUUGCAGGGUUGGUGGAUCCAAAUAGGAGACCCUGGCAGUGGUCUGUUCGUUUUGUCAAUCGCCCUCCACACCGGCUUCGUUGUCAUGCGCGGUCGCCAACUACCUUUCAACGUAUUCGUCUACUGCGUCAUUGCGUUAUGGGUCUUCAUCCUCAUCAUUGGAUUCAUCCCCAUAGGUCUAUAUGGAUCGGAUGUCUUUGUUAUUUCCGAGGCGAAUUGGUGCUGGCUGAGCCCUGAUCACGAAAACGAGCGCCUCUGGGGCCACUACUUCUGGAUUUUCCUCUCCGAAUUCGGCACCAUUGUUAUUUAUGCCUUCAUGUUCAUCCACCUCCGCCGCCGUAUGAGUCAAGCAAAGAUGCUCCGCCGUGGUCAACAAGAAUCCCUGCGCCGAUUGAACCGAGUCGUCAUAUACAUGGUUAUCUACCCCCUCGUGUACGUCGUGAUGUCACUGCCACUUGCAGCAGGUCGUAUGGCUAGCGCGCGAGGUGACUCUCCGGGAAAGACCUACUUUGGUGUCGCUGGUUGUUUGAUGGCACUAUCGGGAUCUAUGGAUGUGGCUGUUUACACGCUUACCCGUCGCCACCUGCUCAUCGAUUCCGAGUACAGUACUACUGAUCGCAACUACGACAACACCGACUCUCAAUGGCAAACUAACAUCACAACCACCAAUGCGGGCUCUCGCCCACGCAAGGGUCUUAAGCUGGGAUCGCGCCUGAGCUCCAAAUUCCAUCGCAGCAGAUUGGGCGAUAAGGAGUCCUCAAGUCCCUUUGACGGUUCUACUGAGGAGAUUGUCGCUAAGAAUGAUAUGGAGAUGUCCAAUUUCGGUGGUGUGUACCAAGAAACCACCAUUGAAAUUUCUCAUGAACCUGUCUCUGUGAUAAUGGAAGAGGAAAGAAGCGCGCGCAAUAGCGGCUAA